CUCGAUUAGUUGUACGCACGCGUAUCAAAUUAUUAUGCCUGUAUCAUCUGACAUUCUUUAGAUUACUUAAAUUAGUAAAACUAAACGUGAACAAUAUUUUUUCCGAGCACACAUUUGGGUACUCUGACAUAAAUUACACAUAUUGUAUAUACCAACUAUUUUAUUUUCAGCAAACAAUCCAUUUCCUAUAGAUUGUUCUAUAUAUAGGUUAUUUUUAAGCAUUUUUAAUAAAAACUUUAAGCUGUAUAUAUUACCACAAGUCUGUUCAAAACAGUUCAAUUUUUUACACUCUUUUUAUAUAUUUGACAAGCUGUUUCUUAUGUAUUAGCAGAAUGUGUUAAGUAUUUGUAGGACUUCAUUCAAUCAUGGGAAUGAACCACGAUCAAACGUUUUUACACAUACUUCGUGAAGAAAAAAACAUUAAUAAUUUCUUGGAUGCCUUUUUUGGAUUUUUAUACAGGUGACUUUUACGUUGAAUCAAACUCGGAACAAAAAUUAGGCUUUCCACCUGGAGUAGCGGAGAAACUUGUAUCAAAUAGCAUAUACAAGUGGAAAAAUAUUGCAUCAACUUUACAAAAGACAAUAUCGUCUGUAAAGGACAACACAAUCAAGAAUAGCAGUAGCAUAUCACAUUCAAAUCAGUUAACUUUGACAGACAAUGAAAAUUGUAGACUUGUUCCACCAGCUGUGCAAGAAAUUGAAAUUGACUCGUGCAGUGAAUCUACUAACAUUAAUCUACCUUCUGCACAAUCAUUGAAGACAGAUAAUGUAUCAGAUAGUUAUAACGGAGCUGUAAGAGACAAUUAUAUUUGGACACAGACACUGAAUGACUUGGAUGUACUUGUAAAGAUACCAGAACAUGUCAAGAUAUCCAAAGAUACAAUCAGAGUUAAUAUAAGUUCGGACGAAGUCAAAAUCGAUGUCAAGCCUUUGAAUUCUUCAACAAAUUUUAAAUGGGAUAAUAUUUUCAAUGGCAAGCUUAGUUUUAAGAUACGGAAAGAUGAAUCUAUAUGGAAUAUUGAAGCUGGAAAGCACAUAAAUAUUCAUCUUGAGAAAGCUACUGAAAGAUGGUGGGAAGCCUUAAUAGUCGAUGAACCAAAAAUCGAUUUGAGCAAGAUUGACUGUUCAAAACAUUUCGAUGAUAUGAUACCAGAAGAACAGAUGAAAGUGCAGAAAUUGAUGUGGAAUCAGCAACAAAAGCUUUUAGGCAAACCGACGUCUGAGGAAAUUAAGAUGGAGACUACUUUGAAACAGGCAUGGAAUGCGAAAGGAUCACCUUUUCAGGGUACACCUUAUGAUCCUACAAUUUUGAAAUAUAAUUAAUGUAUCUAAACGUAAUUAAGUUUCUUCUUAUUUAUGAUUUUUAUAAACAUCGGAGAUAUUGAAAAAAAUUAAUGUAAUACAUAUAUUUAUGUAUUACAUACAUACAUAUAUAUAUAUUAAUUUUAUUGUCUUA